CACGUGACUCAAUUUUACAACCCAGCUCGGCGUGUCUUCAUUUACAAGACAAAGAAGAAGAUUGUCUUGACUCAAGCAACUUUUUGGUUGAGUGUCGGAGAAGAUUUUCGACACAAACCUUAUGUUUUGAAACAAUGAGCAUUCCGGUGGUGGACUUCGGCCCGUGCAGCCUCAAAGUGCAGGACACCUGCCGCGCCAACUUGGAGCCUCUGAGCAGAGACCUGAAGACAGCUUUCACCGAAGUGGGCUUCGUCUUCUUGAACAACACCGGCAUCACCCAAGCGGAGGUGGAUGAUGUCAUGGAUGCUUCCAGGAGGUUCUUCCUGCUGCCAGACCACCUGAAGCAGCCAUUGAGCAGGAAAACAUUCCCAAACUCUCCCAACCACGGCUGGGUAUCCCUGGAAACUGAAAGGUUAAACCCACAAAAGCCUGGAGACCUAAAAGAAGCGUUCAACAUGUCCUCGCUGCAUCGUGACAUAAAAUGGCCAUCCCCUGAGAUUGCGGCGGGAUUCCAGGAGACCCAGACGGCCUUUUUCCAUCGCUGCAAAGAGCUGAGUCUGCGGAUUCUGAAGGUGAUGGCCCACAGUCUGGACCUGGACCCCGACGUGUUCCUGAGCGCUCACCGCCUGAUCGGAGCUGAUGGGAACGCAACAACGCUGCGUUCACUGUACUACCCGCCGGUCAACAGAGAACUGGCCAAGGAGGGCCAGCUGAGGUGUGGCGAGCAUUCCGACUACGGAAGUAUCACCUUGUUAUUCCAGGAUUCUGAAGGUCUGCAGGUGCGCCAACGCUCAGGUGAGUACACCUGUGCUCCUUGUGUCCCCGGUGCGGUUCUCGUUAACAUCGCCGACCUCAUGCAGCGCUGGACCAGUGACCGCUUUGUCUCUGUGCUCCACAAGGUCUUGCUGCCCCCUGCUGGCGACUGUAGUACACGACAGUCUCUGGCUUUCUUCGUGCAGCCAGACGACGAGGCCGUCAUCGCCUGCAUCGACGGAUCCAACAGGUACCCCCCAGUCAGGGGGGGUGCCUACCUCACCGAGCGGUUUGGCAACUCCUAUGGCCAGGCUUGACACAGUGCUCCGGGUAUUCGCAUUAGCUUAUUUGCAAACUUUGAGACGAAUGGCAAUCGAACGCUCGGACAAGAGCGGGUCCAAAACUGUGAAAUAAAAGGUCUUAUUAACCCACGGGAAAAUCGUUAGCAUUCCAAUAUUAGCAUGCCUAACUUUUUUUUUUUUUGUGCUAAUUUUGCAGGUACACACCUCAGCGUAAAAUAUUUUGUUAGUGGAUAAAUGAUACCUGUUAGCAUGCCAGCUUUUAUUAAGCUAAUUUUGUAGACACACACCUUAGUCAUAUUAUGUUACUUGAUGCAUGCUAACGUUAGAAGGCCAGCAUUUAAAACUUUUUUUAAAAAACAAGGGCGUUAAAGGCGCGGCCGUUUUUGGCCCGGGACACAUUCUGAAGACAAAAUAAAUGGAUUAGAACAUUACACACAAAAAAAGAGAAUUAGAAAUUCUCGGAUAAACUGGGUGUGAAUGCUGAAAUGUGCAAGCCGUACUUAAAUACUAACGUUAACCUACUAACAAUUAAAAUGCGUCAGGUACCAAGUCAUAUGACUGUGAAGACUACGCAUCUAAAAUGAGCUUUAAAGGCCUACUGAAGUGAGAUUUUCUUAUUUAAACGGGGAUAGCAGGUCCAUUCUAUGUGUCAUACUUGAUCAUUUUGCGAUAUUGCCAUAUUUUUGCUGAAAGGAUUUAGUAGAGAACAUCCACGAUAAAGUUGGCAACUUUUGGUCGCCAAUAAAAAAGCCCUGCCUUUACCGGAAGUAGCAGACGAUGUGAGCGUGACGUCACUGGUUGAAGGGCUCCUCACAUUCUCACAUUGUUUAUAAUGUGAGCCUCCAGCAGCAAAAGCUAUUCGGAUCAAGAAAUUGACAAUUUCCCCAUUAAUUUAAAGAUUUGUGGAUAAGGAAAGUUAGAAUGAAGCACAAAAAAAGAAAAGAAAAAGCGACGGCUCCAGGCGGCGGCAGUGGGACCGUUUCAGAUGUAAUUAGACACAUUUACUAGGAUAAUUCUGGAAAGGGAAUAAGCGGUAGAAAAUGGAUGGACUGGACUCUCGCGACUGUGUUGUAUCCAUUGUGGAUUGAACUUUCACAGUAUCAUGUUAGACCUGCUCGACAUCCAUUGCUUUCCUCCUCUCUAAGGUUCUCAUAGUCAUCAUUGUCACCGACGUCCCACUGGGUCAUUAUUGUCACCAAUGUCCCACUGGGUGUGAGUUUUCCUUGCCCUUAUGUGGGCCUACCGAGGAUGUCGUGGUGGUUUGUGCAGCCCUUUGAGACACUAGUGAUUUAGGGCUAUAUAAGUAAACAUUGAUUGAUUGAUUGAAUUCUGGAAGAUCCCUUAUCUGCUUAUUGUUUUAAUAGUGUUUUAGUGAGAUUGUAAAGACAUACCUGAAAGUCGGAUGGCUGCGGUGAACGCCAGUGUCUCUCAGAGAAGCCGACUGAGGAGCCAAGAUCACAGCUGCCUUUUUGAGCUGCAGGAGGAACGGUAAGAGCCGACUUAAUAUCACAAUUUUCCAAUCCAAAAACUUGCUGGUUGACGUAGAAAACAUGUUCGCUUAACCGCUCUGUGUUAAAGCUUCACAACAAACAAAUAAAGACUGGCUGUGUUUUGGUUGCUAAAGGCAGCUGCAAUCCACCGCUUUCCCCCAACAUCAUUCUUCUUUAUAGUCUCCAUUAUUAAUUAAACAAAUUGCAAAAGCUUCAGCAACACAGAUGUCCAAAAUACUGUGUAAUUAUGCGAUGAAAAGAGACUACUUUUAGCCGCAAGUGGUGCUGGGCUAAUAUAUCCCCUCCAACCCGAGACGUCACGCGCACGCGUCAUCAUACGCGUCAUCAUUCCGUGACGUUUUCAACAAGAAACUCCGCGGUAAAUUUAAAAUUGCAAUUUAGUAAACUAAAAAGGCCGUAUUGGCAUGUGUUGCAAUGUUAAUAUUUUAUCAUUGAUAUAUAAACUAUCAGACUGCGUGGUCGGUAGUCGUGGGUUUCAGUAGGCCUUGAAACGUUAGCAUGCUAACAGUUAGCAUAAUGUACCAUACCAAGUCAUAAAUGCCUGAGGUGUUUGGCUGGAAAAUUGGCAACAACUACACAACUCAGAGUAAUACGUUUUGGUAGCAUGUUAUUUAGCAUUUCAGCUUGGUGGAUUGUGUUUUGCUAAUUUUGCAGGUUUACACCUCAGCGUCAAAUAUUUUCUUACUUGACGAAUGAUACCUGUCGGCAUGCUAACAUUAGUAUGCUAGGUUUUAUUAAGCUAAUUUCGUAGGAAAACACCUCAGUCAUAUUUUGGUACGUAGUGCAUGCUAACGUUAGAAGGCUAGCAUUUUAAACCUUUCUUUUUCAAACAAGGGCGUUCAAGAUGCGGCACUUUUUGGCCCUUACUUUGUUUUUUAUUCUCCUGCGACACAUUCUGAAGACAAAAAAAAAACAAAAACAUCCCGAAUUAGAACAUUACACAAAAAAAACAAAAAUAAGCAAUUUUCGGAUGAAUUGCGUGUGAAUGCUGAAAUGUGCAAGACGUAGCUAAAUGCUAAAGUUAGCAUGCAAACAAUUAGAAUGCAUCAAGUACCAAAUCAUAUGACUGUGAAACAUAUGCAUCUAAAAUGAGCUUAAAAUGUUAGCAUGCUAACCGUUCACAUUAUGUAACGUAGACUGACCAUAUUGUGAAAUCCCAAAAAGAGGACACAGAAAUGCAUGCCAAGGCCGGGACUAGGUGAAAAUUUGCCAAUGACACUUGAACUUGCUUUAUAAAUAAUAUAUUUAUUUAAAUAAAGCAUUUUUUCUCCUCUGUUGACAGCAGUGUUGGCGCUAGGAAUUUUUCCAUGUCCCAUUGUCCCGUGGACCCCAUCAAGUCAUAAAAAUGGGGUCCCACUUUUUUUUUAAGCGUUUUGAAAACAAAUGAUAAACCUAUGCAUUGUCCUGUUGUAUCUCACAUUCUAUAUUGUAUUUUGGAAAAAGGUUGUCAUAAACGUCACUUAAUUCAUUAAGAUAAAUAAUAAAAAAGGAACACAAAUUUAUAUGUAAAUGUAUUCAGUUAUAAACAUUCAUUCACUUUCUUCUUUCCUUCAUAGAUCUAAACUUUACCAAUGCUGGUAGUUUUUUCUAUGUUUUUAUUUAAUAAGUGGUAGGUGUUUUAGUUCAGUAUAAACCUGUAAAAAGUGUUUUGCUUCAGUCAUGAAAUGAUGAUAGUGGUGUGCCAGGGCAUACAUCCAUUUUAUAUGUAACACUUAAAUAUCUGGAGUCUACAUCAACUUCAGAUCUAUUCCUCAUUUCCAAAUGUUAAAAAAAAAUGUAUGUUGUUUUUUUGUUUGUUUGUUUUCCGCCCUUUUUUGUCAAACAAAACUACCGUAUUUCCUUGAAUUGCCGCAGGGCAUAUAGUAUGUGCCUGCCUUGAAUUACUGCCGAGUCCAACUCGCUUCACAAAAUAUUUAGCGCAUGCUUAGUAUUACCGCCUGGUCAAACUCGUGACACUUCCCCUGUCAUUAUUUUCAAAAUGGAGGAGGCUGAUUUCAAUACCGGUAAUUUGAAAUCGCAUAAAGGGAAGAAGAUUAAGAGCUAUUCAGUAGGAUUUAAGGUCCAAGCUUACAUCACACUCAAAUUUUUACUGCAUGCCUUUGGUAAGUGCCGGAGUGAGAAGAGGUUUUAAAAUAAUUAGCGCAUGCUUACUUUUACCGCAUGCCUUUGCUAAGCGCAGGAGUGAGAAGAGGUUUUAAAUUAAUUAGCGCCCCAGCGGCAAUUCAAGGAAAUACGGUAUGUUUUUUAUGACAAAAUAUGUUAAAACUUACACCAAAAUCAUUUAUCAAAGUGGAAUAUUUGAU